AUGAAUCUCACACUUCGUCCCACAACCACUGCCGACGCAGAAGCUCUAACAAAUAUCUACUUCUCUGCCUUCAGCAGUGACGAAAUCUCUCUCCUCUGCUUCCCUCGCUCCCCCGUAUCAUGGACCUGGUGGUACAACUCCAUCCUGUCCGAAAUACAAGAUCCCUCAUCCCAUUUCCUCUGCGUUCAAGAUUCUUCCUCUCCGACUUCAGAGGUCAUCUCUUUCGCAAAAUGGAACGACACAUCUGCUCCCGUGGCUACAAUCAACGAGUUACCAGAAUGGCCUCAUGGUUGUGAUGUAGAGAUUGCGAAUCACUUUUUCGGGACGUUGAUAGAAAGACGUAGAGAGAUUAUGGAUGAGAGAAAACAUUGGUAUUUGGAGCUUAUAGCUACGAAGCCAGAAUCUCAGGGCAAAGGAGCAGCGGGGAAACUCAUGAGAUGGGGAUUAGAGAGGGCGGAUGAAGACGGAGUUGAGACGUAUUUGGAAGCUAGUCCCGUGGGCAAGGAGGUUUAUGAGCAUUUUGGGUUUGAGGAGAGGGCGAGACUAGUAGUUCCAGUGGAUGGAAAGAGUGACUUUGUGGAGUGUAUGAUGGUUAGACACAGGAAGGAGAAGGUGGGUGGUAUAUAG